AUGUCGAUUGAGAACCUUUCCCUCGAGGACAACGCCGCCUCCGGCACCACCGUCGAGAUCCACUCGCGCCCCGAGCGCAAGGCCCGCAAGCAGCUCGAGGGUCUCGGCCUCAAGAAGGUUCCCGGAAUCCAGCGCGUCACCCUCCGUCGCCCCAAGAACGUCCUCCUCGUCGUUGCCGAGCCCGAGGUCUACAAGGCUCCCGGAUCUGACUGCUACAUCGUCUUCGGCGAGGCCAAGGUCGAGGACCCCACUUCGGCUGCCCAGAUCGCCGCCCAGCAGCAGCUCCAGGCUUCGACUGCCGCUGCCCAGGCUGCCCACGCCGCCGGUGGCUUCAAGGACGGUGUCCCCAAGUCCCUUGAGGAGCUGAUGGGUGGAGAGGACGCUCCCGAGCUCGAGGGCUCUGACGAGAAGAAGCCCGCUGGAAAGGUUGGAGAGGACGACGUUAAGCUCGUCAUGGCCCAGACCGGCUGCACCGAGGAGAAGGCCAAGGAGGCUCUCGCCGCUGAGAACGGCGACCUCAUCAACGCCAUCAUGCGCAUUGGCUCUUAA